UGAAACUCUCAGGGCAGAAUAAAGAAAAAAAGAAGAAAGAAACAAAGAAAUAUAACAGAAAUUGCACUAAAUUUCAAAAGGAAACCUCUUCCACUGAGGAAAAUUUUAUUUCACUUCAUUCUGGCAAUCUUUUUUGUUUUGAAAGUUUUAUUUAAAAUUUGUUUUAACUUAACACCAUUUGGCAGAGAUGAACUUUGCACACAUCUGCAUGUUUUGUCUUUCUCUGCUGAAUUUGACAAUGUUGGUGUACUCACGGCCAACAGCACAACAAAAGCGACAUAAGUUGCUGGCUGAAUUAUGGGGAGAAGAACUUGCCAGUUUGCUGUCUGCAGAAGAGAAUGUUGAUGCUGCCCUUGAUGACUACGAUAGCAGUGAAACAAGUAGAUUCCUAGAUGGUCAGAAACCUGAGUGGCGAUCCCUAAGGGACACUGUAACUGAAUCCCAGCCUAGUAAUGACCGUGUCUGGCUCCGCUUUUUCAAUGACUUUAUGAGUAGUCAAAAGAUGUUUCGUGGUAGAACAAAGAAGGCACCAUCCCGAGGGUGCUUUGGAAUGAAGUUGGACCGAAUUGGAGCAUUGAGUGGAUUAGGAUGUUAGAGACGACACCUAUUUGGUGAAUCUGUUCUGGACCAGAGGCUUCACACUGGACAUCUACAGUAUUUUCUGGCCUCAGCUUAAGUCUGCUGUUAAAUAUAUUUACUUAGUUAUUAGCAUCUGUGACAUCUGGUCUGCAAGAGACCAGCAAUGUUUUGUGUUGUUUGAAACAAAUGUGUCUUUGCAAGUUUAUUAUAAAAAAAAAAUACUUCCAUCCAAGUCUCUUAACUGUGCAUACUUUUUUGAACCAUUUUAUUUAUAUAGAUUCUAUGUAUAUAUAUAUUUUAUAUGUAUAUAUUUGCUUGCUGAUAUGCUGAUAUAUUUAUUUUAUUAUUUAUAUGUUUAUGCACACCAGUGUUCCCCUGUAAUGUGACGAAUGAAUCUUCUGAAUUAUUAGUCAUUGUGAGGUGAAAGACCCUAACAGAAUUCUGGAUUCAUUAAAGCUUCUUCUGUCUAAGUCAUUAAAAUAAGAUUUUAAACAACUGGAAA